AUGGAUUCAUUAAAUCAUGAAUCAAUAGACAAUGAAGGAAUGCAAGUGCCAUUACUUGUUCACGAAGAAGAUACAAAUGGUCUUUUUCCAAUUGCAUCAUUAUCACAACCACGUGGUAUUCCUGCACGCUACGUAGUUGCCAUUUGGGCAUUUCUCGGUUUUCUUUUUUUAUAUUCGUUAAGAGUAAACUUAUCUGUUGCUAUCGUGGCCAUGACAAAUCCUCAAAGUACAACUAAUGAAUCUGUAAACGCAUGUCCUGCAAUUGAUGACACUAACAGUUCUUCAUUUCAUCCUCGUAUAAAAGGAGAAUUUGAUUGGACACCUAAAACUCAAGGUUUUAUAUUGGGUUCAUUCUUUUAUGGUUACGUCCUCACUCAAGUCAUCGGAGGUGUUUUAGCCGAAAAAUUUGGUGCUAAAUGGAUUUUUGGUGGUAGUAUUCUCAUCGCUGGUAUUCUAACACUUUUAACACCACUUGCUGCUCGAACGAAUGUUUAUUUACUGAUUGCAAUUCGAUUAUUAAUUGGUAUUUUUGAAGCACCAGCAUUUCCAAGUGCAGCAGCACUUUGGGGUCGUUGGGUUCCACCAUUAGAAAGAAGUAUAAUACCUCCGUUUGCUAGUACAGGCAAAGAAAUUGGUAUUGUUAUUACAACACCAUUGGUAAGUCAAUUAUGUGCAUCAAAAAUUUUCGGUGGUUGGCCAUCAGCAUUUUACGUUUGCGGUGUACUUUCAUGCUUAUGGUUUAUUGGUUGGGCUCUAUAUGGACAUAAUUCUCCAGCUGAACAUCCACGCAUAACAUAUGAAGAAAAAUUGUAUCUUCUUCGAUGUGUACCAAAACAGAAAAGAUGUCCAACACCUUGGUACCAUAUCAUAACAUGUAUACCACUUUAUGGUAUUGCUAUUCAACAUAUUUGUACGAAUUUUGUUUUCUAUAUAUUACUGACAUCAUUGCCAACUUAUUUUUCAACUAUUCUUCGGUUUAAUUUAAAAGAAAAUGGAAUUAUGUUUGCUAUACCUUUUUUAUUUCAACUUAUUUUUACUAUAAUCUCCGGUCACAUAGCUGAUAUAAUACGAGCUAGGAACAUUCUAUCAACAACAGCUACGAGACGAUGGCAAACAAUUAUUGGAGCAUGCGGAACGUCGUUUUUUCUGUUUCUAGUUGGUACUGUUGGAUGCAAUCAUGUUUUAGCUGUUAUUUUUAUUUCUCUAUCAGUUGGAUUUAUUGGAUUUCAAGGAUCUGGGAGUCUUAUCUCGCACUUAGAUAUUGCAAGUAAUUAUGCAGGUACAAUUACGGGAAUCACGAAUAUGUUAGCUGCAAUACCAGGUUUUGUUGGCCCGAUUUUUGUUGGAUGGAUGACAAAUCAUAAUCAAACGUUGGAAGCAUGGAAAUCAAUUUUUAAUGUAUCAUCCAGUGUAUGUCUUUUUGGUUGUAUUAUGUAUUGUAUUUUAUUUAAUGGUGAAGAGCAACUAUGGAAUAGAGAUGAUGCUGAACAAUGA